AUGCAAGUGAUCGUGACAGAAGGGGCUGUUUCCAAACAACUUAUCGACACAAAGGGUGCCCUACAAAAAAGGACAACUUUUCUGCCAUUGGAUCGAAUCGAAAAUCAAGUGCUCGCAAAUCAGAAAAUGCAAGCUGCGAAAAGAAUUGCAAGAGAGCGAAAUGAAGAUUGCUGGCUUGCUCUGGACUUGAUCAAAUAUGAAGAACCACUGUCAAAAGUGAUGGAAUACGUGUUUGGCACAACGAUCAUCUGCGAGACGAAAGAAACCGCUUCAUUAAUUACGUAUAAUCGUGAGAUCAAGACAAAAACUGUCACAUUAGAAGGUGACACUUAUCAACCAAGUGGAUCUGGAUCUGGAGGUAGUCGAGAUACACGAAAUUCUGUUAUUGUUGCUGCUAAAUCCAUCAACGAGUACACAAAACUUGUCGACCAGAAAACAAAGGAGUUGGCUCAAGUUGACGAACAACUUCAAGCACUUGAGCCUGCACGUAAUAAAUUUGAACAAGCCAACAAUCGACUCAUCGAGAUCAAUGAGCGCGUUGAUUUCUUGGAGUCAAAUGUUCGCCAGAGCCCUGUUCAGAUUCUACGAACGGAAAUUACUGAAUUGGAACAGGAGUUGGAACAAAUUACGGCACGAUUAAAGAAGAAUCAAACGCUCAUGAAAGAAUUGGCGGAAAGUGUCAAGCAAUAUGAAGAUCGCAAGAAAAACGCAAAGCUCUUCAAGGAACAAGAAGAAAAGAAGGCGAAGAAAGAGCUCAAGGCUGCCGAAGAGGCACUUGCAGCGCUUGGAGCCGAAGCUGAAAGAGCAAAAGAAAUGCUGGCUAUUCGCAGGGAAGAGGUGGCAACGCUUGAACGGCAAAUUCAAGAUCAAAGAGAGCAAAUUUGCAACAUCAACAAACGAGGAGAAGAAAUAAAGACUACCCUGGAGGAGAAGGAUGAACUUGUGAAUUCUGCUAAGGAGAAAGCGGAAGUGUUCAAACGAGAGCUGGAUGUUUACCGAGAAGAAGUCAGAAGAAAAAACGAUGAGUUGAAGAAACUUGCUCAAAAGAUUGAUAAAUCUAAGAAGGAGUUGAUGACCGAGGAAAACAACCGUGAAGACUACCGUAAGAGCGCCGAAGAACACAAAGAAUUAGCCAAGCGAUUCAAGAAACAAUACGCUGAAAUCCUGAAAGACUAUGCUUGGAUAGCUGAUAUCGAAGAUCAGAUUGGAGCCAAAGGAACGGAUCUUGAAUUUCCAAAUGAUUAUUCCUACGAACACGGAAAGAAAGACUUGGAAAGUACAAAGGAGCGAAAGACGAAACUUGGUCGAUCGUUGAAUCUGAAUGGAAUGCAGAUUUUGCAAGCAGCUGAGGAUAAUGUGUUGAAUCUGCAAAAGAAGAAGGAAAUUCUCCACGCUGACAAGAAGACAAUUCUCGAAACAAUUAAGACACUUGAUGAACGGAAAGAAAAAGAAGUCAUUCGUGCAUAUGAGAAAGUUACAAAGGAGUUUGGCAAUAUUUUCACCACGCUUCUUCCGGGUGCUGAAGCAAAGUUGCAACCGCCUUCUGGAAAGACGGCCCUCGAUGGGCUUGAAGUGAAAGUCGGUUUCAACGGAAAAUGGAAGGAGAGUCUUGGAGAGUUGAGUGGAGGCCAACGCUCACUUGUUGCUCUUUCUCUUGUACUCGCAAUGCUGAAGUUCAAACCGGCGCCACUCUACAUUCUUGAUGAGGUUGAUGCUGCCUUGGAUCUUGCUCACACUCAAAAUAUUGGAACGAUGAUUAAGAAACAUUUCACGAAUAGUCAGUUCAUUAUCGUUUCACUGAAAGAGGGAAUGUUCAAUAACGCAAAUGUUCUUUUCCGCACAAAAUUCCAGGAUGGCACAUCGCAAGUCGAACGUUACGUCAAUAAA